CGCGGGCUGGGCCGUCAUCCGGCUGAUUACAAGUAACCUGUGUGCACAGCUGAAAGCCUUGGGAAGAAUUUGGCAGGAUGAAGCCUGUCAUUGUGGUGCAUGGUGGAGCUGGCCGGAUCUUUAAAGAACGAGAAGAGGGAAGUCGUGCUGGUGUUGUCAGAGCUGCGCUGCGAGGUUAUGGUAUCCUGAAAGAGGGAGGCAGUGCCUUAGAUGCAGUUGAGGAGGCAGUACGAUCAAUGGAAGAUGAUCCUCAUUUUAAUGCAGGCUGUGGAUCUGUUCUAAAUGAAAAAGGUGAAGUAGAAAUGGAUGCCAUUAUCAUGGAUGGAAAAAAUUUGGACUCUGGAGCAGUAUCUGCAGUUAAAUGUAUAGCAAACCCAAUAAAACUCGCUCGACUUGUCAUGGAAAAGACAAAGCACAUGCUGCUGACUGACCAUGGUGCACACCUGUUUGCUCAGGCCAUGGGUAUUCCUGAGACUCCAGGGGAGAAACUCGUAACUGAGAGAUCCUGGGACAGAUGGAAGAAGAACCUCGAGCCAGAUUCCAACCCUGAAGAGUUUCAGAAAGACCUUGGAACAGUCGGUGCUGUUGCUAUAGACAGUGAAGGAAACGUAGCUUGUGCAACAUCCACUGGAGGACUCUCUAAUAAACUGAUUGGCCGUGUUGGUGACACAGCAUGCAUAGGAAGUGGAGGUUAUGCUGAUAACCGUUCUGGUGCCACUUCAACCACAGGACAUGGGGAGAGCAUUAUGAAAGUGGUCUUAGCCCGACAGAUCCUCUAUCACAUGGAGCAAGGAAUGUCACCAGAGGUGGCUGCUGACACUGCAUUAAACUACAUGAAGACACGAGUUGGGGGCUUGGGGGGUGUCAUUGUUGUUAACAGUUCAGGAGAGUGGGCAGCAAGGUUCUCCACCAAGCAGAUGUCCUGGGCUGCUGUAAAGGAUGACCAGCUGCAUUAUGGGAUUUAUGCUGGAGAGAGGCAUACAAAAUCUGUUGAUGAAGCCCUUACAUCUGAAAGUGAGAGAUUCUGAGAAUGAAGAAACAUAGGCUGAGGAAGAAUUAAGAUCUCCAGUUUUUGCUGGAGGACAAUGACAGUUGAUUUCAUCUUUCUGAAAGAUCUGUACUUUUUUGAUUGGUUCACAGGCAUUGCCACAUUUACAGUCAAAAUGAAAUCUGGAUGUAGUUCUUCAGCAGUCAUGGAUAUAUGUAGUGUUGAAAAAUACCUUUGGGAAGUCAGGAGAUCCUCCUUUUCUAGAUAAGAGAAUGGUUAGUAGGUUUCUUCAUUAGCAUGCCUUAAUCCUACAUUAAAGAGACCCUGAGUUUCAGUAUUGUAGGAACACCUUCCCAUGCCCAUUCUUGGAGACUGCUGCCAGGAUAAUUUGAGAGAUGAAUGCCUAUUAAUUAAAAACUGAAUUUGGAAAAUUGCAUCUCUCUCCAGAGUCUUUUGAGCAGUCAUCUCAUGACAACAAAGUGCUACCUGCCAGUGAAAUACCACUGAGCAACAGUGAAGAGCUAAGACUCCGUCAUUGUCAGAAGUUUGAGGUAACUGUCGGGGGAAAUAACAAUGAAGGAAAGAAAAUAACUCUUCUCCAGAUUUGGGAAAUGUGGUGCUUUCUAAAGAGUUCAAUUUUAUUCCAUUCGUUGGCAUCAGACCUACAAUUAAAUAACAGUAUUUUGAAGUAUGUGUGGGUAGUUAACAGGAAGGAUAUUAAUGACUUAAUGUUUGGGCUAGUAGCAAAGGUCAUGAUUUCAGUAAGUAUAAAUAAAACAUCAAUCUUUACUACUGAAAUACAGAGGUGAUAGGCACCUUUUAAGUCUAAACAUGAGACAAAGAGAAGAUGUGAUUCUGUGAUUA